ACAUAUAGUUCCGACUUCUGACUAACGACUCAUUGUAGACCGGGCCUUACACACAAUAACUAUUUUGUGACUUAAGAAUAGCUGCCUUUUACUCUUAUGUCAAAGGUACAAGACAGCCAUUCAGCUCAGGCCCUUAUGUUGCCUUACGUCUACGGCUAAGAACGUUCUCUGCCAUACGCAAGAUAAUUUUUGCGGUGUCGCGGCGUCUUGUCUCGCCGAUUUCGACGACGACGACGACAAUAUCGACGCCGGCGAGACUGUAAAGGGUCAGAGCGCAAAGCAACGUAGUAGCUUACGACAAAACCGUAAGCGUAAACGUAGAUUAGCGCACGAGCCUUGGCGUAAAUGUAACGUCAUAUGUAAACGCGCUAAUCUACGUCUACGCUUACGUCCGCGUCGUAAGCUAUUAACGUCGCUUCGUGCACUGACCCGAAGUCGCGAGGGCUCCUCGUGUUCAUGUUGCCCAAGGAUGUCUCGGCCGCGAGCGCAUUCAUGACCGCGGCGCGUGCACCGCUCAACGGACACGCGUCGUUUCUCUUAUCGCGGGGCUCUCGCGGGGUCUCGCGUUACGAGCAGCGCGGCGUCGACGGGAGAUAACCUAAAACCGCGCGUGCCGCCACAUGUCGGGGGGAGCGCGGUGAUCUCGGCCAAUUUUUCGGUCUCCCGGCGCCGCCAGGAGAGAGGAGGAGAAAGAGAGGACUCAUUUCGCGCUUUAUUUUACUACGCAAGCCUACAACUGGACCGACACGGUCAUGAUUAAACGUGACAUUUGCGAAUAGUUGAUCGAGCAAUUCCCGCACUCGGCGACGUUGAGUUAGGAUAUGUACACAAAUCGUAGUACCGGCGAAACGGUGGAAAAGAGUAAUCCAAUUAACGGAAGGAGGAUUAAACCUUCUCAGCCGUGGCUUGCCGCGAUUGAAGAAUACUUAGAAUGGCGAAGAGCAAGGUGCAAGAGAAAAGCGUGAAGAUAAAAGCCAAGCCUAGGACGAGUAAGAGUAUGUGGCGUAGGACUAUGCCGUUUAAUGUUAUCGUCGUCAUCGCGAGUAUAAGCGUUGCCGCUUGGUUCGGGUACAAGGGAUACUGUGAAACGAGAGUUAACACGCCGUACGAUGUAAAGAAGCUAGUUACUACAUCUGGAUUGGAUGACCCGGACAGAUAUUGGGGCACGUAUCGACCCGGUGUGUAUUUCGGUUUAAAAACAAGAGACCCGGAAUCCUUGGUGACUGGUCUGAUGUGGUACAUUCCACGUUAUCUGCCCUACGAUGGAACUGGAUUUAGACACUGGUGCGAGCAAGGCAAUGAAUUAGAAAGAUACGCGUGGCUGGAGCACGACGGACGAACAUUUGGCGUUCAGGAAAUAGUAGAUAACCCUGUAGUGAUAAGGACGACAUUCGUCAAGAAAGCUGGCGGAUAUCACGGCGGCGACUGGACUGCGAGAAUCGCGGUAUCGCCGAAAAAACAACGGGUCGGAGAAGACGUGUCGCUGUUAUUUUACACAGCUAUCGAAGAAGGCACGAAGGGCUGGAUAAAGGCCAAUGUAGGAGACUACAAUCGUCUGACGGGAAUAGAAGGCAAUACCCAUGGAUUGGGAUCCUUCGCCAUAAACGUAAAUCUAAUAAAUGGCACGGUAGAAGAGCAUUCCUUUCUAGCGACAGUCACGUAUGGUCUGGCUGUGUUGAAAGAAACAAUUCUGCAAAAUGUCCGCGUCGCGACCCAGAAGGGAUCUAUGAAGAAACACGUAGUCUUGGCUGGCGAACAAUUGCCUAUGCUGCCCGAGGGCAAGAAGAAGGAUCCAAACUUAAUCGUCAUCCAGGUGACGGGAAAGGUCCCCUUUGAGAUCGAAGUCAGUUACGAAUCCGGCAGUUUUAGUAACAGGGUAGAGAAAUUAACGGGCAGCAACUACGACGAGGCGCUUAAGGAGCACAGGGAGCUGUUCUCCAAGAAAUUUGAGAGCGUCUUCAAGCUCAAGUCCAAGGGAUACACGGACGACGAGGUGACGUUCGCGAAGAUGGCAUUCUCGAAUCUUAUAGGCUCAAUAGGUUAUUUUUACGGGAGUUCGCAAGUGCAAAGUAAGUAUAACAAGGGACCUGUGCCUUACUGGAAAGCACCUUUGUAUACUGCUGUACCAAGCAGAAGCUUCUUCCCGCGGGGUUUCCUAUGGGACGAGGGUUUUCACGGUUUACUCAUCUCGGCCUGGGACACAGAGAUCGAAUUAGACAUCAUAAGCCACUGGUUCGAUCUGAUGAACGUCGAGGGCUGGAUACCGAGGGAGAUGAUCCUAGGCCCGGAAGCUCUGGCCAAAGUGCCCGCGGAGUUCGUGACUCAGAUCAACACAAACGCGAAUCCGCCUACAUUUUUCUUAACACUGGACUUUAUGCUCCAGCGCAAAGAACAGGACUUGCUGAGGCAUAACUUUCGGUUGCUCAACAGACUGUAUCCACGGUUGCAGGCGUGGUUCUCCUGGUUCAACGUCACGCAGGUCGGCGAGCUGCCUAGCACGUACAGAUGGCGAGGCAGGGACGAGAAGACUACCAAAGAGUUGAAUCCCAAAACUCUCACAUCCGGCUUGGACGAUUAUCCCAGGGCUUCCCAUCCAAGCGUCGUCGAGCGUCACGUCGACUUGCGUUGCUGGGUCGCGUUCGCCGCUCGCGUCAUGGCCAAAAUCGCCGAAACACUAAACUAUCCCGCUACCAAGUACCAAAAUACAUUCCAACAUCUGUCUGACAAUAACUUGUUGAACAAACUACAUUGGUCACCGAAUGCGCAAGCGUAUGCCGAUUACGGCUUGCACACCGACAAGGUGGUUCUGCGGAAAGUCACGCCGCAGUUCACGCCUCCGCCACCUCGCAAGCUGCAGCAGGUCAACGUAGCACCGGCAGAAAUGACACGCGUCGUAUUGGAAAAUCCGUCUCUAAGGUUCGUCGACACGACCUUCGGAUACGUAUCGUUGUUCCCCUUCAUUUUGCAGAUCGUCGAGCCCGACUCGCCGCAACUGGGGAAGAUACUGCAGGAUCUGCGGGAUCCCGAUUUGCUUUGGACAAAGUACGGGCUACGAUCGCUCGCGAAAACGUCGCCUAUCUACAUGAAACACAACACGGAACACGACGCGCCUUACUGGCGCGGUCCCAUCUGGAUAAAUCUCAAUUACUUGACAGUGCGAGCCGCAUAUCAUUACUCUAACGUGGCGGGACCGCACCGAGAAAGUGCGAGAAGGCUAUACCAAGAGCUGCGAAAGAACUUGAUACAGAAUAUCAUCACGCAGUACAGGAAGACCGGAUAUUUGUGGGAGCAUUACGACGAUGCGGAGGGCAAGGGUAAAGGGAGCCACCCUUUCACCGGCUGGACUUCCUUGGUGGUACUACUUAUGGCAGAAAUAUAUUAAAUGUUACGCCGAUGUGUGUAUAUAUAUACAUAUAUAUACAUAUAUGUAUAUGUGUAUAUAUUGAUUCCGUCAUUCAAAACUCUAUUUCGCUAAAAAUGGAACCAAAAAACAUUGAGGUGUUCACUCAGACGUCAUCGCGCGGAUCUGUCGAUUGCACGUUGCGUUUAGAUUGAACAGAAAAACGGCAAUUGUAUUAUUUUGUUAUGUGUACAUAACGUUUUUGUUUUUUAUAUGAUGUUAUAUGGCAGUUAUUGUGUUGUCGGAAAGAGAAGCAUUUGUAUACGUGUCAAACUGUAGAUGUACGGUGUGCUCGCACGUAGUAUUUAUAUUAAUUCCAGAAACAAUGGUGUACUUCGAUAUGGCCUGAUAUUCCUGAUAAUUAUAAUUAUCUUCAAUCUAUAAUCGGAAUUCUAGAUUGAAGAUAAUUGCAUCUCUUCUAAUGAAAACUUAGCAAGUAAGAAAACGUUUUAAUAUUGUAUAAUUUUUCUACAACUGUCGUACAUAUUUUUUGGCACAGUAUCGUGAAUUUCAUGGAAUAUUCUACAUUUCUUACUGAAGAUGUGUAUUUAAAAUAAAAAACAAAUUGCUUACUCUCAUACACUCGAGCAAAUGUGGUUCUUAUUUAGUUAGUAUAAAUUCUGUACUAUAAUUUGUAAACUUGCACAACGAGAUAAUGGAUAUAGUUCAAAUGAGGGAAGAAGCUAGAUUUCAAAUUCUGGCUGUGAUUCACUGAAAACUUGUAUACCCAUCUUAAUCUUAAGCUCUGUUUGAGAAAGCUGUGUCUCGUCAUUGUGGCCCAUCGUUUUCAAAUAUUUAGACACUGCAUGAAACAUAAUAAAAUAUUUACACAUGGAAACGAAAGGUGAAUAUAUCUCUUUUUUCUCGCUCUAAAUAAAUUUUAUUUUAAUUUUA